AUGAAAACACAAUAUCCAAUGAAGACUAUCUUGUUGUUGUUGUUGUUGAUUAAGAUUUCAAUAAGUUAUCAAUCAAUCUUUAAAAUCAAAUUACAACCAACUAACUCAUCAUCAUCAAAGAACAGAAUCCAAUCCAACUCAACUGAUUUAACAGUAGAUGGUCAAUCAAUCCAUAUCAAUCAAAACCAAAUCAAUCUCAUCACUCAUGAUACUUCAAUCCAUCAUCAUCAACUUCAAAACUGUCCAAAGCAUUAUUUAUUUUCAAUCUCACCUUCUAUACUUGAUUCAUCUUUAAUCUUUCAAACUGAUCAUGAUCCACUUGAAUCAUGGAAAGAUGAAUUAAAUUCAUACGUAUCACAACUACAAGAAAUCGAAACAUCAUUACAAACAACUACUACUGGUUCAUCUACUGAACAAAUCGUACUUCGAUCUACUACUACGAAUUCUAGACUGAAUGAAUGUCAAAGGUCUGGGACUCGUGUGUUUUUUUGUGUCAAUCACACUGCUUUGGUUUUGGUACCGUACUUAUCAUUAAAAGAAUUUACUGAAAGGUUACCGAAUCAUAUGGAACUCUUGAUCCAUUUAUACCCCAACAAAACCGAUUUUUCAAAUCCAUACAUCCGAUCUAAAACAUUAAAAAGGUCAUCUGAAAAACUUUUGAAUGAAGUGAUUAAAAUUCAUUAUAAACCAAAGAUAGAUAAACUAAUCAGUUCAUUAAACUUAAAUGAGAUACUUAAGUAUACAAGAACGGUAGUAGGAAUUGAUGAGCCUUCGAAAUGGAUUACUAGACAUACUUUUUCAGAUGGGAUCUUGUUGGCUUUAGAUUGGUUGAAAGAUAGGUUCGAAUCGGGUGCUGUUGGGAUGAGAUGUGGGUUUGAGGAAUAUCAGCUUGGGUUUGCUCCUAAUUUGGUUUGUAAAAUCUUGGCUACCGAUCAAAGGAAUAGAGGGGAUGGGAAGGAAAGAGUUGUGGUUAGUGCUCAUUUGGAUUCUAGGGGUGAUUUUGGUAACGUUUUUGAACCUGGUACAGAUGAUAACGCAUUUGGUUGUUCUGUUUUAUUAUCAAUAUCUAAAUCGAUUCAAGCUCAUCAAUUAUCAUUAAAAAAAGAUUUAUACUUUGUCGUCUUUUCGGGGACUCAUCAAGGAUCUUGGGGUUCAUUGGGUUUAUUGAACAGUUGGAAAGAUCAAUUGGAUUUGGUGCUUUUGCAUUUGGAUCUUAGUAUGAUUGGUUAUAGAGUUCCAGGUGAAAGUAUGCAAUUAGGUUUACCGAUUGAAAAUCGAUUUAAUCGAGUAGCAAAUUGGUUUGUGGGAAAUAUUACAAACUUAUAUUUACCUGAACUUUUGAUCGGUCCUACUCCUGUUAGAGAUUUAGAUUCUCAAAGAUUUGAACGUCAUGGAAUUCUGUCUACAAUUAGAGAUUUAGAUUCUCAAAGGUUUGGAACUCAUGGAAUUCUUUCUACAAGUUUAUUUGAAAGAGCAGGUAAGAUUGGAAAUCCAUUUUAUCAUACUAGUCUUGAUUUGAUUGGUAAACCGGGUUAUGAUCUGGUUCAAGUUCUUACAAUUGGAAAAGCUUUGUAUGCUACUGUGCUUGAAUUGGUGCUUUGA